AUAUUCGAUAGAUAUUUAUCACAUCACCAAUGUAUUAAAUAAAAAAUCAUCAGUAAUCAAUGAUGCACUAAUUACGACCUAAUUGCUUCAUGCCUCAACGAGACGGCCGCAACAUAAUCUUGACUAGAAUUACAUGACGAGUUUCCCACAGCUCUCUAACCAACAUGGUUCAGCAAGCUACCCUUCUAAGUCGCCUGUCGAACCACUUGCGAAGGUUCAUUUUCAAUUUACUCGAAACGACAUCGGCUCACGGUCUGCGCCACCUGGUCCACUACAGUGUGCACACAAUCGAACGGAUCGUAUGGAUCACUUGCAUCUCGAUUGGUAUAUUUGGCGUGGUAGCUCUGGCCCAACGUAUUUGGAACCGUUACCAGACCUCUCCGGUGGUCAUAUCGAUGGACCGUAACAUGUAUUUCUGGAACACGAGUUUCCCCAGCCUGACCGUUUGCUCACACCGUCGAAUCGAUGACCGCAAAGUUGAACAAUACAUCGAAGACCACCCGGACAAGUUUUCCGGCGAUGGAGACCCCGAUGACUUCAAAGAGUUCAUCCACAAACUGGCCAAUGCUUCUUACGACACCUUCUUGGAUCUGCCGAUGCACAACAGUUACGGAAUACCAAGUAUCGAUUACCUAGAUCUCCUACACAAUCUUUCAUGGCCAUUCCAACCACUCAUCAGCACCGGAACUACCCUCCAUUUGGAUUUGCAACCAACAAUCACUGAACUGGGUCUGUGUUUGUCCGUGAACUCCAAAGUUGCCGAAUACAGCUCCUACCAUUAUUGGAAGAACUACCGGUGGGACAUCAUUCCGAGCAAACCGACCGUAGUGGUGCACCCUUUGGAUGGCGAAGUCUACGGACAGCUGAUAAAACUGGAAAACUCCUACGAGGUAUACUUCCACGGGUACAUGGAAGUACCGGAGGUCUCCAAGCGAAGAUAUUCAUUCAUGGAAGCAUUCUACACAACCGUGGAGCUGCUUGCCUUGGAAAUUAAGACGUCGCGACGAGCUGUUGAACUGUCAGUUUCGCAAAGAAAAUGUCGUUUUACUCACGAGGCUGAAGUUCUGCAAUUCAGUCCUGUCUACAGUUACAAUCUGUGCCGAAUAGAAUGCCGCAUGAGGCUAGCGAUGAAGUAUUGCCGCUGUGUUCCGCAUUUCUAUCGUCACGUUGGUAAGUACGUUGCAUUCAAAUGUCUGUCCGUGUCGUACGAAAUAUGUUUGAAAAAUUCUUUGUGAUAUUUAAGGUAAGGGUAACUUCAGGUAUCCGAUAUGCAGCUUUGAAGGAUUACGAUGUUUAGGAGAAA